UGCCACCCGCCGUGAGAUUCAAACCCAACCCCUGUGAGAGAGCGACUGUGACCGACCUGAGAACCGCGACCGAUCAAGAACUGACCGUCUGGACGUAGGCUCUGUGACUGACUGCGAUGCACCCCUGUCCGCUGGAUUAGGAAAAUAAUUGUCAAUCGCCUAGUGGGUUUCGAAAGUUGUGUUUGUAGCCGUACGGAGCGAGAUCAGCACGACAGCCGAGAUUGGGGACAACGGGAAAUAGGCGCCUAAACGAGCCCUUUGUGGAUAGGGCUCCUCGCCGAUGCAACCGCAGACAGGGGGUUGUCAUGGGCAUUAUUCAUUCGCUGCCACUUGCAGUCUGCGCCGUGUUUUCGGCGUGUUAGAUAGCCUAUAUCCGGAGUGGGGCAGGCAGCCUUCCACCUGCGAUUAGGCAUAAACUCUCCUCGUUAUUUUGUAGUCGAGCCGGACCGGGCUCAUAUUACCACGUAGACCCUUUACAUCAGAUCGGAAAAUGCCCGGACGAAACAGGUACAAUCUGGUGGACGAUGUGGCUGAUUCCCGGGUCCCUCUUCACAACGAAGAGGCUUUUCAGCACGGGAUUCACUUCCAAGCCAAGUAUGUGGGCAGUCUGGAUGUCCCAAGACCCAACAGUCGCAUGGAGAUUGUUGCAGCAAUGAGAAGGAUCAGAUACGAGUUCAAAGCCAAGAACAUCAAGAAGAAGAAGGUGAGCAUCGUGGUGUCUGUAGACGGAGUCAAAGUGGUGCAACGCAAGAAGCAGAAGAGGAAAGAAUGGACAUGGGACGAGAGCAAGAUGCUGGUGAUGCACGAUCCCAUCUACAGGAUAUUCUAUGUGUCCCAUGAUUCUCAGGAUCUGAAGAUCUUCAGCUACAUCGCUCGAGACGGCUCCAACAACUCCUUCAGAUGCAACGUCUUCAAGUCCAAGAAGAAGACGCAGGCCAUGCGUAUCGUGCGUACGGUGGGCCAGGCGUUUGAGGUGUGUCAUAAGCUCAGUCUGCAGCAUGCCGAGCAGAACGCGGACGGAGACCCGGAUGGAGACCCUGACGGACCAGCAGACGGAGAGAGCGACAAGUCCACCGAGGACAACAACACCACCCUCCAGAGUCGGCAGCUGACGGGGGCGGAGUCGGAGGAGGAUGGGGGCGGGACUGAGCGUCGACCUAUGGAAGUGUCUCUGAGCGAACAGGUGGUGACUGACAUCCUCCAGAGCCUAUCAGAGCUCAACGUGGUCAAGUCUGGACAAACCCUGCAGGACCUGGAGGGUGUGUCGCUGUACACCCUGUCCCCCAGCGUCCUGUCGCCCAGCGCUAUGACCCCUAGUGACCCCUGCUCUCCGACCCUCACCCCUCUGGCCACCCAGCACUUCCUACAGUUGCUACAGCAACAGUUACUACAGCAACAGCAGCAAACGCAGGUGGCCGUCGCACAGGUCCAGCUCCUGAAGGACCAGCUGUCUGCGGAGACGGCGGCGCGGAUGGAGACCCAGGCCCGCGUGCACCAGCUGCUCCUGCAGAACCGGGACCUGCUGCAGCACGUAGCCCUGCUGGUCAAGCACAUCGCCCGCCUGGAGGGGAGGACCAGCAACGGAACCGCUCACACCGAGGACUUUGCGUGGCGUCCCCCCUCGUCCCGCUCGCUCUCCCUGAACCUGAAGAAUCACUACAGCUCCUCCCAGGACCUGCCCAUCACCUCCACUCCUGCAGGGGGAGCCGAAUCCACCCCCACGCCCCUCUCACAGGUGGACUAUGCCGAGUCCUAUCUCAGCCUACUCAACCUGGGCGGGACCAAUGGCCUCCCAACCAAUGGGAAAGCAGAGAGGACUGACAGCAGGAAUGGCUCGGACACGCCCCGCGAGGAGAUUGGUCAGCUUGUGAGCAGGAACUCUUUGUCAUUGGAUGAGAGGUUUAAGCAAAUCAUUCCCAAGUUGGAUCCCCCCCCUCCGCCAAUCAACCGAAAGCGCUCAAUCAGGACGCUCUCUCCUGGUUCGGAGGCGGACCCUAAACCCUCGUCGACGCCCACUCCCACCUCCGUGUCCAAUGGGAGCGGCUUCCCCGACCUGUGCUGCAGCGCGUCCUUCCCGGACGCCACGUCCUGUUCCGUCUCGCCCGGCGGCGAUUUCUACUCGCUGCCCAACGGCGAGGCGGUCAGCGCGUCGCUCUCGUGCUCGUGCUCGGCCAGCGAGGACUCGGGCGUGCGCUCCGAGGAGAAGUCGCUGGUGUCGCCGACGCCGCCGCCGUCGUCGGCGCUGCCCGGAGAGGACCCGUUUGAGGACCGCGGCUCGGCCUUCCUGUCGGCGUCCAGCACGUGCAGCAGCCUCCCCGAGGACAGGCUCCCCGUCGCCGCGGAGACGGUUGCUGUGACACCACCCCGCCCGGCGACCCCGCACAGCUACGGCCACACGCUCCCGUUCUCGUCGCCGCUCAACGACACCUGCCUCCACAUCAGCCUGAGCGAAGACGAGCUGCUAGAGUCCACCGCCUGAGGGAAGCCCAGCCACAGCUCACCGCGCUGGGCAGGGACUCUACUCUGGCCCCAGGCUUCACCCGAGGCCUACUGGAGCCUUCGGUCCAGUCCCAUCCAGGAGUGCGUUUCCCAAAACCAUAGCUGCUAACCUGUUAGCAACUUAGCUGGUUGGCAAUGAGAAAUUGCUUUGCAACCAACAAAGUUGCUAACUUAGUUAGCGGUAACUUAGUUAGCGACUAUGAUUUUGUGAAACGCUCCCCAGUGCGCUACUGCUCAGCAUCAACAGCAAUCUUCCAUCUUUUUACUUGUUUUUAAUUUCCUAAUCUUUUAUUUUCCGCUGUCGCUGUGAAUCCGCGUCGACUCAAGUGCUUCCAGGUCUGGAAGGGGAGGCCCUGGGAUGUGGUUUUCUCUGGAUGGGCCCGUUUACGGGGGUCUGGAGACGUCUGCGGUUUCUCCUGAGGACGAGCCAGAUCUGAGACAUUUCUGAGCCAGAGACUGACUCUGUGAGAAUGCCAAUGGGACAGAUAUGUUUUUAUAUGAAAAAAGAAACUCUUCACAGAAAACAAUGGAGAAGAAAUGAGAAAUAAUAAUGAAAUAAGUCUGAUUGAAUGACUAGAUGCUGUAUUUUUUUAUAGAGGAGACGGGAUGUUAGAUUUGAUCCUGUUGUAGCUGCUGUAGUGUGUGUUUAGUGUGUAGGGAGGUACUGCAUCAUCAGUAGUAAUGAACACACACUCUGACACACACACACUCACACACACACUGUGAUUUUAAAGUAGUGGCAGGGAAGGCACACACACACUUUCUUUACUCUGCAGUAGACAUCAGAGAAGUGUCCAGGAGAGAUAGAAACCUAUUGAAGAGUGUAGUUUUAAUUUGUAGAUUUGAUGAUUGUUUUAUUUACUGUUGUUGUUUACAUGUUUGUUGGUCUGUUGAUGGGUUGAGACGGGUACGAGCAGAGCAGCUCACACACACACACACACACACACACUCUCUCCUCCUCCGGAACGAGGGCGAUAAGAAGACGAAAGAAACAAGCAAGUUUAAGAUAAAAAGGCAACAGAAAGUGUCAGAGAAGUGGUGUAUGUGUGUGUGUGCAUAUGUGUUUGUGUGCAUGUGUGGGUAUUUGUGUGUAUGUGUUUGUGUGUGUGUGUGUGUGUGUGUGUGUGUGUGUGUUUGGAUGUAGGGGAGGGGGUGUUGUGAGAGAAUUAUUAGUCAGAUAUACCUGAGGCAGGUUAUUUUACUCUGAGCAAAUUAGUUUAUACUUAACUAUCAGAGCUAUAUGAACACCCAGUGACUAAAGAUAUUGAAAGAUUAUCAUGAACACACACACACACACACACACACACACACACACACACACACACAGAGAUAUGUUGUAGAACUGUGAACAAGUUGAAUAAAGGAACAAUCAGUUCUCCUGCAAACCACUAAAAAGAAGACAUAAUUGGAAGGCAGAAGGGCAAGAACAGCUAGGCAUAGUAAUGCACGCACACACACACACAUAUACACACACACACACACACACACACACACACACACACACAUUUUCAUGCUCAAAAAGAUACGUUUUUGAGUCAAAGAGGAUGGUCUAUAAUUCCCCUGUGAUUUCCACACUGCCUGGGUCAAUUAUGGUGCGAUUGCAAUCACCGCUGUCUGGACGAGACUUUUCAUCAUUUCAGACGUACAUAGAGGAGAGGUGGCCAAUCAUCAGCCAAGCCUGAGAUACAUUACACUACACAAGGUGGGAUACUAUGACAACCACCGAACCAAACACAGGGAGACAGGGACAUUGUGUGCAUGGGGAUGUUUGGGGGUAUGAGUUUUUGAGUGUGUGUGUGUGUAUGGGUGUGUGUACCUGUGUUGGAGUUGUGAGUGAAUGAGUGUAUGUGCAUGGGGUUGUUUGGGGGUAUGAGUUUUUGAGUGUGUGUGUGUGUGUGUGCCUGUGUUGGAGUUGUGAGCGAAUGAGUGUGUAUAUUGGUGUGUGUGUGUGUGUGAGGUCUGUCCUACAGAUUUGCGAUUUCCCAUCUCCAUGACUUCUCCUGUCCGGUCUGGCGUCGAGGAGAGAAGUGUUUCCUGCCGGUGACACAUUCCACACUUUCCCGUGAUUCAUAGCUCCAUAUCCUUAUCCCGUAACGUGCUGUUCUAUUGGCAACCGGCAAAUUAAAUCAAUCAAGUAUAUUGUGGCCGACUGUAAAAUCACGGGGCUGAUAUUGGAGGGGAAACGAUUAUCUGUGUCAGAUUAGCCAGAAUGUACCUCUGCAAUAACACACACACACACACACACACACAGACACUUCAGAGGAGUGGGCGAGUUUUUGGAUUCGCAGCGGAAGAGCAAUUAUGAGAGAGGACAGGCGCUUAGAGAAGAAAAGAAUGGAGUAGAUGAAAACGAGGGAUUAAUGAGCUAGAGAGGGAGAGAGAGAAAGAGAGAGAGGAGGGGGAGGAGAAAGAGAUGUGUGAGGAAUAAGGACGAGACUUCCUUAUUAAGCAGAGGGUGUGCUCUGUGAAGCAGUCAGUAAUAAACAACCACAAUGCUGCACAGCAAUAAAUAAACAAAUAAAUAAAGAGA